AUGGCAAAAUGGAAAUCAAUUGAUUCUCUUCCAUUGGAUCAAGACAUUACAUCUGCAUUUGUGGAUGAGCUUAAGAAACAUCCAUUACUCUUCUCAAAAAAGGAUGAUGAGCUCAUUUGGACUUAUUCAAAAUUAGGGGAAUACUCGGUCAAAGAAGGAUAUAAUUUUUUGUCUCUAAAUGUUAAAAGGGAUGAUUUGCCAUUUAAGCUAUUUUGGCAUGCUGCUUGUUUGCCCAAAGUAGGGGCAUUUUCUUGGCUGGCCAUUCAGGAUAGAAUUCUUACCGGCAUGAGGUUAGAUAGGCUGGGUAUUACUGUGGUUUUUCCUUGUGUUAUGUGUGGUGGGUCUCUAGAGUCUGUGGGUCAUCUUUUUCUGCAUUGUCCCUUUGCUAAUCAUUAUUGGAAUUGGCUUUUUAACAAGUUAAAUUGGAAAUUUGCUCUUAGUAAGGAUCCUAGAUCUCACUUCAUGAGCUGGCCCCUGUUAUUUCCAUCUGCAUUUUAUGCUUGCCUUUGGAUAAUUGCUCCUUCUAUUCUAAUUUGGAAAAUUUGGCUUGAGAGAAAUAAUAGGAUUUUUAAGAAACAUUCUUCCCCUUUGCAUGAUGUGCUCUUUUGCAUAGAGAAGUUGAUUUCUGAGACUGUCUUGGCAUUCAUCUUUAAAGGCUCUAGUCUACUUAAUACUUUCACACCUUGGGAUAAUUGGGUGUCCAAACAUUGGGAAGCCUUGCAAACACUUCCUUUGAGUGGUUCAAUUUCUCAACCGUGUCCUUUAGUAAACAGAAAGGAAGUGGUUUGGUUGCCACCAUUGGCUUCAAAAGUUAAAUUGAACUUUGAUGGAGCCUCUCAUGACAACCCGAGUAAAUCUGCCACUGGGAUUGUGGUCUCUGAUGAUAAGACUAGUAUCUUAAAAGCUCAAUGUCAAUGUAUCACCUAUGGGACUAAAAAUGUGGCUGAGCUUCAUGAUCUCUCCAUGGGUCUUGAUUUGCUUCUUUCAUUACAUUUGUUGGAUGUUGUUAUUGAGAGGGAUUCUCAGGUGGUUUUUUACAUGGUUAUGAAUUUCUCAUCCCGCUCCUAG